AUGGCUUUCUGGUCGAUGAAGCGCCUGAAUAUUUCGCCUCUCGGAAAAGCUGUCCUCAUCACUGGCUGCGAGUCACCGCUGGCUCGCGCCCUUGCUAAAUAUCUGGAUGACCUUGGGUUCACCGUGUUUGCGGGCUUCAAGAAGCUGCAGGACAGUGAUGAUGCGAUCACACUGAAGGAAACCUCCUCCGGGCGUCUCAAAUUGCUCCAGCUAAAUGUGACCAGCGAGGUCGAGAUGUUAGAAGCAUCUCUUUUCAUCGCUCAACAUCUACCCGCCGGUGAGUCUGGGCUGUGGGCGUUGGUGCAUUGCGACCUGUGGAAUGCACUUGGCGAACUAGAAUGGGUCCCGUUUCCCGUUCUGCGAAAAUCUUUCGACGUUAACGUGCUCGGUGCCACACGGUUGACACAGAUCAUGUUGCCCCUGAUUCGCGGCGGUAAGGGUAGAAUCGUAUUCCUGUCGUCAGCUCUCGCCCAUUUACCAUCGCCAGUGCGUGGUGUCCUAUGUGCGACGCAAGCCGCUAUUGAAGGAUUGGCCGUUUGUCUACGCAAGGAGCUAACGCCCCGUCAGGUUGGUGUUUCGAUUGUGUGCGCCAGCGAACUGACGGCUGGGGAUGCUUGGCUUGACGAUAAGGAUAUGCGCGAUCAGGCUAAAUCGAUGUGGGCAUUGCUGAGUGAGGAGCAGAAGAACACUUACGGCGAAGAUUACUUCGAGCAAGCGAUCCGUUCGCUCGAACCUUUCUGCUACGGAGAUGGAGACUUUCAAGCAACUGUUCGUGCCUUGUCCGAUGCGAUUGUGCGCACAUUUCCCGUGUUUCGCUACACGCCAUUGACGUGCAAGGAAAAGUUUCAGAUUAUCGCUGCCGAAUAUAUGCCGAGCUUGCUGUACGAAAUUUUGUUUAAAGCUUAG